GGGGGGGCGGAGGCUCCGUGGAAAUGUGUCGGUGACAUUGAAUGGGGAGCCCAAGCGCGAGCGAGGCGCGCGCGCGCACACGCGCACACACGGCCCGCUCGCUCCGAGAUCCCCGGCCACGUAAGUAACUAUUAAUACCGCCUAGCCGGGAGAUGCGGGCGUGCUGAGCUCGGGGAUUGGCCUCGGGCACCGUCGGCCAUCCCCUUUAAUUUUUAAAUACACAGUCCUCUGUUACCUCUGGGGGGCGAGAAAAAAAUAAAAGAAGAGGACCGGCCGUCAAUAUUCUCCAAAACAAACCCCGCCGGGCAGUUCGGGUUCAGGGCAGGGGGAGACGGAGUGGUUGCAAAUUAUUCCAAGGCAAGAUCGGUUCUCCAGCGGGAACGGGGGAGAGGAACGCCGCGCGUUGGCACGGUCGGGGACGCAUCCCCUUCCAGCGCCCGCAGGACCCCCAGAAGCGCGUGCCGGGGAAUCGGAGGCCGCCGAUCUGCACUUCUCGCUUCUCUCGGAGGAAGACCCGGAGCGCGAGCGAGCGGCGACAGCAUGAUCCUGUGCUGACCUCGGCACGGCGGGCCAAGCCCUGGGCUUUGUCGCGGUACCUGCGCCCGGCCCGCGCCGCAACUCCGUGCCCGGCUUUUGCAAUCUUUUGUUGGCAGAACUGACCGCUGCAAGUUAAACGCUCCCUUGCUAUUUUUCUUUUUUGUUUGUUUGUUUAAUUUUUGGAGAGCCCUGGCGAUCUUGGAAAAGCCUCAGACGCCAUCUACAGUUAAAACGUAGGUAACAGACCUCUCCGGCACCCCCCCUUCCACGCCCCCCACCCUUUCCACCAAAAAAGGGGGUGCAGCGCGGAUUCUGGCUGGCGCGCGUCGCGAGCCGGUAGACCCGUGCUUAUUUCCUUUUUCUUUUUGUUUGGUUCCUAACGCGUCGAGACCCAGCCGCCGCCGUGCGCUCCCCGAAGACGGCGCAAACUACAGCCCGGCUCCUCCGCCCCGUCUGCGACUCGGAAGCCUGCCUGGGGACCGCGUCGGGAAGCCCGGCGCUGCGGCUCCCACCUUAGCAGUCCGGUGGCUCCUCUGGGUCCACGCCGGGGAGAGAGAGAGAGAGAAACUAAAAGCGCGGUGACCCUGCACAUUGCUGGCUGCUCUGGGGUAACAAAAGGUCUCGAGUUGCCUGCCGGCCGAGUCACCCCGGGAGCGGGAGCCGGCUCUGAGCAGACAAGGUGCCGGUGGCGCCCGUUCGGGGGCUUCUAACUCUUGCUCCACGCAGCCCCGUCCCCUCCCCUCCCCUCGCGUUCCUUUUUAAACCCGUGGCACGGAGGCGCCUGCAGCCGCACUCGCCAGCGACUCUUCUCUCCAGCGGGUUUUUUGUUUGUCGCGUGCGAUCCCCACACUCAUGAACAUACACAGGUCUACCCCCAUCACAAUAGCGAGAUAUGGGAGAUCGCGGAACAAAACCCAGGAUUUCGAGGAGUUGUCGUCUAUAAGGUCUGCCGAGCCCAGCCAGAGUUUCAGCCCGAACCUCGGCUCCCCGAGCCCGCCCGAGACUCCGAACUUGUCGCAUUGCGUUUCUUGCAUCGGGAAAUACUUAUUGUUGGAACCUCUGGAGGGAGACCACGUUUUUCGUGCGGUGCAUCUGCACAGCGGAGAGGAGCUGGUGUGCAAGGUGUUUGAUAUCAGCUGCUACCAGGAGUCCCUGGCACCGUGCUUUUGCCUGUCUGCCCAUAGCAACAUCAACCAAAUCACUGAAAUUAUCCUGGGUGAGACCAAAGCGUAUGUGUUCUUUGAGCGGAGCUAUGGGGACAUGCAUUCCUUCGUCCGUACCUGCAAGAAGCUGAGGGAGGAGGAGGCCGCCAGACUGUUCUACCAGAUUGCCUCAGCGGUGGCCCACUGCCACGAUGGGGGGCUGGUGCUUCGGGACCUCAAGCUGCGGAAAUUCAUCUUUAAGGACGAAGAGAGGACUCGGGUCAAGCUAGAAAGCCUGGAAGAUGCCUACAUUCUGCGGGGAGACGAUGAUUCUCUCUCCGACAAGCAUGGCUGCCCGGCUUACGUGAGCCCGGAGAUCUUGAACACCAGUGGCAGCUACUCGGGCAAAGCGGCCGACGUGUGGAGCCUGGGAGUGAUGCUGUACACCAUGCUGGUGGGGCGGUACCCUUUCCAUGACAUUGAGCCCAGUUCCCUCUUCAGCAAGAUCCGGCGUGGCCAGUUCAACAUUCCAGAGACUCUGUCGCCCAAGGCCAAGUGCCUCAUCCGAAGCAUCCUGCGGCGGGAGCCCUCAGAGCGGCUGACCUCGCAGGAGAUUCUGGACCAUCCUUGGUUUUCUACAGAUUUUAGCGUCUCGAAUUCAGGAUAUGGUGCUAAGGAAGUGUCUGACCAGCUGGUGCCGGACGUCAACAUGGAAGAGAACUUGGACCCUUUCUUUAACUGAGCUCACGCCCUACAGAGACUUAGCAGGUACCAGGAGGGCAGUGGAAAGAAGUUCUUCCGGGGACACAUAUCGCCUGCCUUGGUAGCAAAAAAGACACUCACACUCAUAAGUUUCUUGGUUCAGAGAAGGAACACCUUCGAGGAGCUGACUAAACAUGUAGCAUGGGGGCAGAAGACGUGGGGUGGGGGUGGGGGUCAGAUGGACGGGAGCCCCCUGCAGCUUGUCUUUUCUGACAUAGCCUGGGAGACCACCCCUCGACAGCCGGGCCACUCCCACCCACCCCACUUUCCGUUUUGUUCCAGAAUAGUUGCAGAUCCUGACAGAAUCAAAACUCUCUGCCUCAAACACACAUCUUGGCAUGGCACUGUUAGCAUUUAACUUCUUGUUAUGAUUCAGGGAAGGAACAAUUGGCUGAGGCAUUUUGUUUUUUUAAACAAGCCAAACCACCUAUCUGACAAUUAAUGGGGUUCACUUAAAAAAAAAAUUCGGUGCACACAGACGGACAUGAAACCUGGGUGCUAAGCUAAAAGAAAGCAAAAGUCCAGUUUGUGUCUCUUAACCGCUCUCCUCGACUCACUUCUUCUAAAUAAACAAUUUAAUAUCUUGGUCAGGAAAUGACAUGUUAAUGCUUUGCUCCCUGAAGGGGAAAAAAAAUCUGUCCUCUAACAAGCUAUUCUGUUUCGUGUCAAUUGGUUUGUGGCAGGAAGCUAUUUGAAGUCAAACUUCCAGAUGCAUUACUGCUAUCAUAGUUUCAAGGGGGAACGUAGAGGGAAGGAGAAAGGAAAAAAGAAAUCCAACUCCUUUUUGGUUUUUUUCUCUGGAGCGAUGAGGGUUUGUGUUACAGGCAUUCCUCUGUGCUGACAUGGUGGCGAUGGGCUGAGAUAUCAGCAAGCUCCCGGAGUCUGACGCCUUCGCAACACCCUGAUCUCAACUCAACAUCGGUCUUUGUUUUAUUAGAAACUAGUGAAACAAAGCAGGUUGUCCCACGUGUAUAAAAUACAGGGCAGCUAUUUAGUUUUCUUUACGAAGAAUGAAGAAUGAUCCUUUUGGCUUGGAAGGCCCUCUGGUUUGGACAAAAACCCUCAGUAAAGUCAAGCAAGAAGGAUAACAAACUGAAAGCUAGGAUGAUAUAAAUAAAAACAGCUCUCUGUCCCAAUACGCACCUUUGGAUUUUCAAGAACUCUUCUAUUUAUUAAGGAAAAUGUCACAUUGUGAUGUAUUAAGCCAGUACUUCAAUUACGGGUUGACUUGGGAUGAUGACAUGUUACAUGCUGUAGUUACAUUUAUAAUUUUUUCUUUCCUUGUUUGAGUAUUUCUGUCCCUGAAAUAACCUUUAUUUGGCUUUUCUAGAUAGCUUUAUUUGAUUUCGAGUGGCAAAAACGUUUUUUUAUUAUGGCUUUUCUAUUGCUGUAUGAUACAGAACUCUUUUGGCAUAAAUAUUUGUGUUCCCAGUACCUCAGUUGUUUGGAUUUUACUGCCUGUAUCUGUUUUGUGAAAUGGUCAUGUUUUUGGGUAGGUAACACAUUGGACUCUAGUGUGUAAAUGUUACUUGAAUCUGUGCUCCAUUCUAGUGUGUGGCAUGUGUGUGCAGACUCUUGGCUGCUUUGCGCCGGCCCCGCGGGUGCCCUGUCCUUCGCGUGCCCGGGAGGGCGGCUGCGCCAUUCAUCAUCGGGAGACGAGGCGGCCGUGGAUUCGCCCUUGAUGCUAUUUUGCUGAUGGAAGAUACAAAGCAGAGAAGUGUAUUUUUAUGUUCUGAAGAUGGUGCUGUGUCGAGAAGGACCUUUCUUUCUUCCCUCUCCCCUAUUUUUUCAGUCCCUGGUAGGAGGAGAGAUUGCUGAUGUGCAUGGUGGGAUCUGUGGCCUCUGGUGCUUUGUCCUGUAUUUGGUUUCAUGUUUUUGUCCUAAUCUCUUCAAUCAAUAAAAUUGUGCGUAUUUAACUAAAA